GGUGUUUCGGUUUAACCAGUGACCGUGUUAACUGGUGUCUUUCAGGGGACUGUGGAGUGGUUGUCGUGGUGACGGCAGCUGAUGAAAACACUAACAGAACACGACAGAACAUCCUUCUGCAUUACUGAACUCCAUCUGCUGAGGAAGGCCAAUAUUUGUGGUUGAAAGCUUCAUAAACCACAAAAGAGAGAGAGAUCAGGAGAGGGGAGAGCGCGUGGAUACUACUCCACAGGACUGGAUGUGUUUGCCGUCACAAGAGGGGAGCACGCACACGUAAAAACAAACAAAAAAAAAAGAGCCGGGGCGAACACAAACUGCUGACUGAACUUCAGGCAGACACCGGGCCAGAGUGCGGAGGAGUAAGCAGACAAGACAAAGCACACGAGACCUGACUGACUGACUGACUGACAGCGCCCAUGGCGAGCAAUAACACGGCCAGCAUCGCACAAGCCAGGAAGCUGGUGGAGCAGCUGAAGAUGGAGGCCAACAUCGACAGGAUAAAGGUGUCAAAAGCAGCAGCAGACUUAAUGUCGUACUGCGAAGCCCAUGCCAAAGAGGACCCCCUGUUAUCGCCGGUGCCAGCGUCAGAGAACCCGUUCAGGGAGAAGAAGUUCUUCUGUGCCAUCCUGUAAACGCGGCGUGGCCCUUCAGCAGUCUGCUCAGUGUGGGACUUUGAACGCGGACGUUCAAAAAUACGUAGAAAUCUUCUAGUAGGAGGGCACGGCGAUUAUUGCCCCUCCCCCCUUUUCUCGAAUGGCACCUUAAGAGUGCAAAAAUUUAAAACCACAGAGUUAACGUGUAACCAUUUAAGGGGUUGUGAUUGCUUUUUGAAGGGGUGUGCAGCAUGUUGAAGGGGUCUGUGCUUUUAGAUAACACAAAAAGGAUGAUGAUGAUGAUGAUGAUGAUGAUGAUAUGGAGUGUGAUGAUAACCCAGAGACGUGUCGGGCAACCAGUCAACCUACCAAGUCUUCAGGUUGUGAUGUGUACAAAACAAACAAACAAACAAACAAAAAAAUAGAUAAAAUGAGAAUAAAAAUAUUUUGUGGUUCUUUUUUGAACUUCCAGAUGUUCUGUUAAAUGGUUUGUGAGGUGGGUCGAGCUCCGUAGGACAGCAAACAAAAAUACGCCUACCACUAGACGCCACCUGAUUAUCGGAAUGUUUUUUUUUAAGUUGUGGUUUAUUUUAUGUUCAUUUCAAUUGUACCUAUCACCUAGAUAUCUUUCUAUAACUGUAUGUGAUAACUGAAACAGCUCUGUUCAUUUUUUUUUUUUUUUUUUACAGGUUAGUGAAAGCUUUUUUAAAUGGGAUGUUUGAAACAUUCGAUUCUGUGAUUCUCUUUACAAAUACCUUUCUGAAAAAAAAAAAUCAAGUCUCUGUGUAUCAACAUCUAUCUGGCAAAUGUGAUACAGUUUGUCUCCUUCCGAUACAAACCCUCUUUCUACUAUUUGUAUAAAAUGACUAGCAAGUAAACUGUGCUGUGCUGUGAGAUCUGAA